AGCUAACUUAGGCAGUCAUAUCUAAAUGUGUAUCACUGAAAUGUAUUCAUCAAAUUAUUUAAAGUGAAGACAAAGUUUAACACAUACAUAAAUAUUAUUAUAUAGUUAGUUAGUUAGUUGGCGUUUACUUUGUGGAUGGAAUUACAAAUUCACUUGUGAAAUGUUGAAUAAAAAAUUGAUAUUAUCUAUACACGUGGUGAUAAUACUUUUACAUUGUUCAAGUAUUAUAACUACUACUGUCAAUGCUACUAAAGACGGUGAAGGCGUAAAUACAUCAUCUCUUAAGGAAGAAGAAUUUGCCAAUGAAACACAUAUAGAGACUUCUAAUUCAACAGAUUCAGGGGAUUCAUCAGGCCAUGGAGAAACGAACUUGGCGUCAAACGAUGCAGAUCAAGCCGUAAAUGCAAAAGAAAAUUCAGAAGACAAUCAAGUAGAAGGCGAAACUCAAAAUGUAACAUUAAGUACCCUUGACGAUGACGAAGAUGGAGUCUUCGUCGUUACAGAGACGAUCGAUCUGGAUAAAAAUUCAAGCAUAUCUUCAAGUGAUGAUGAUGAUGAUGAAAAGGAUGAAUAUUCUUCAUCUAAAGCUUCCAGUGAACAGAUACUUACAUCUCCCUCCACUGAGACUACAGAAACAUUGAACAUUGAAAAUCUGUUUGAAAAUAAUGAUACGAGUGACAAGUCAAUCAUUCCUGAAUUAAAUGACCAGCCAACUGAGGAUUCAAGUAGUAAAGCUGAAAUAAGCGUGAACAUUAUGGAAUCCCUCGCUGAUAUGACUGAUUUGACCAAUGAGACAGUGUAUGGGCAACAAAGUGAAUUUAAAAAGUUCAUUAAUGAAACUGAAGGCAAAUCAAAUACUACAGAAGAGUUUACAUCGAGUCCAUUUGAAUCAGAAACUUCAACUACUGAAAUUCCCAUUGUAUCGACACUCCCAAAUUCAGAAAUGACGGAGAAGAUAUUUGAAAGUGAAACAACAACAACACCAACAACAACAGAAAUUUCGCAAGACACUUCAAUACUUCAGGUUGCAAGUUCCUUGACUAAUAUUCAGCCAGUUGAACCUACCAAUGAAAAGAGUGUCUUAAAAGAGAAAUGUUAUCAAUAUCCCAAAAUCAAGGCAUGUAGUCAAUUAGGAGUUGAUAUGAAAUCACGCGGUGGUUGGUAUUUUAAUCCAACAGAGAUGCAAUGUCAAUAUACAUCUGAUUGUAUUGUAAAUGAUAAUGUCUUCAAAACCAAAGAGGAAUGUUCUGAAACCUGUGAAUAUUGGAGAGGUACUGCACGUUGUUUAGCACCUCCACAAGCUGGUCAUUUUCGGUGUUCUGCUGUUAAUACAGAAAGAACAGUUCGACCAAUUUUAAUGGUUUAUUUUGAUAAAGUAUCUGGAAAAUGUCGUUGGUUCACAUACUAUGGAUGUGGUGGCAGUGCAAAUCGUUUCACAUCUAUUAUAGAAUGUGAAAAUACCUGUGGAAGUCUAGUUGCAUAUAAAAUUCUACUUGUGGCUAAUCAACUCUGUCAAGUGGCUCCAACUACCCGACUAUUUCCCCAGUGGUCUAGAAUCGAUAUAGAUACAUGGAGUCUUAUCAAUCAAGAGGAUCAAUUCUACACGAAAGAAACAUCUGAACCAAUUCUAUUUGACAAUCUUACCUAUAUUGAUGCAAUGCGUAUUGAACCGGAAUGUGCAAAUAUGGGUCAACAAGAAUCACGUUGGUACUUGGAUGUUGAAACAAAUCAAUGUCAAGAAUUCGCUUACUCACAUUGUGGUGGAUCAUCAAAUAAUUUUUUAACUCGUGCUGAUUGUGAACAAUUCUGUGGUGCUGCAAAACCUGAUGCAUUAACGAUUUGCAAGUUAAAUCCUUCACCUGGAGAAUGUACAGAUUACAAAACUAUGUGGUAUUAUGAUCCUAACUGGUCGACAAGUGUUGAUGGACAAGAUCAUCAGAUGAUUGGCGGUUGUAGACAAUUUAAUUACUCCGGUUGUGGUGGAAAUAGUAAUCGUUUUCCAACUCAAGCUUCAUGUGAAAUGAUGUGUCAAUUUAAUACAAAAAUUGAACUACAAAUAGAUAUGGAUUCAUCAGAAGAAGCUUCCAAUGUAACAGGACAAAAUGAUCUCGAUGAUGAUGGUGAUGAUGUAUCCAGUGAUCCACCAUCAGUGUCUACAAGUGAAACAAAUAAAACAACACAAAGUAACUUGAACAGAAAAACAACUAAGCUAACUUUGAUGAAUAUUGAUCUUGAACCUUGUCGACGACAUCCUGUAUUCGGUUUUUGUCGACCAUUGAACUGCUCAGAAGAACAAAAGCGUAAUCAAACCUGUCAAUUUUUAAAUUUUCAAAGAUGGUUUUUCAAUGCUCAUACAAGUAAUUGUGAAGCUUAUAGUUACAGUGGAUGUGGAGCGUCUGAAAAUUCAUUUGAUGAUGCUCAAGCUUGUCAGGCGGCAUGUAAAGCUAGAAUUGUUAGACCGGAUAGAGAUCAACGUUGUGAUUCAAAUCCACAUUCUAAAAAGUGUUAUAAACUUUCUGUUAGUGGUAAUCAACAAGAUGAUGAGUCUACAGAAAGCAAUGUCAUCGCAUUCCACUUCAGUAUUGUUAGUGCAACGUGUAAAGCUUUUCAUUUAAAUACACAAAGAUCUGGUUGUAGUAUGGAGCAUUACUUUCCUAAUGGUUAUGAUUGUCUACGUGCUUGUGUAAAAUCUUCACCAACUGAAAAACAUUUACAAAACCGUUGUUUUGCUCGAAAGACUCAUAUGUCAUGGAAUUGUACAGAUCAUAGUACUAAAGCCUAUCGUUGGUCAUAUCUACCUGAAAUCAACCAAUGUGUACGUUUCUCAGAGUGUACAGAUCCAGAUCAAAAUAUGGAACAACCUGGAAAUAAUUUCGCCUCAAGAAGUGAAUGUGAAACCACAUGUAUGGCAACAAGUUUUGAAGAAGUAUGUCAACUUCCAAAAGAUCCUGGUCCGUGUACAAGUUUUCAAACUCGUUAUUUCUACGAUAGUAGUGCAUCAAAAUGUCGGGUGUUUUUAUACGGAGGUUGUUUGGGCAAUUUUAAUAGAUUUUUAUCAAGAAAGGAAUGUGAGCUGGCCUGUUCGCAGUAUUCAACGCAUCUUCUGAGUACAAAUAAUCAAACUAAAUCUUCAGAAACUUUACAAGAGGAGAAACUAUUGAAUCAUGAUGAGCCACCAUUGUUAAGUGCACAAGUGUUUGAGAAAAUGAAACAAACUACUCGGCAUCAUACUGAUCGUUAUCCUUGGGAUAUUUGUUUGGAUAGUCACAGUUAUGGAACCUGUUCAUUAUCUGGUGGUCAAUAUCAAACAACAAGUGAAUAUCCAUACGUCCCGCUGACUCGUUACUAUUAUGAUCGUCGAUUAGGCCAAUGUCAGCCUUACACUUAUACUGGUUGUGGAGCCCGUGGGAAUCAUUUCGAUACACUAACAAGUUGUCAAAGAGUUUGUGAAAAUCGACUAAGAAAUCCAAAAUUCGCCCGAUGUCAUUUCAAUCAGUCAAUUAAACGAUGUCCUGGCAGUGGAAUUCAAGCAUGGGCUUAUAAUCAUUCUAUCGGUGAUUGUUACUUUUUUGAAAUGUGUGAACCAGAUGACAAACCAAUUGAAUUACCGGUAGCUGAGAAAAAAUUCUCCUUCCGUUUGAGAAGAACAAGUCAAUGGCUUGGUAUUUGGCAAGCUAGAACUGGAAGCCUACCUGAAGGAAUAUAUGCAACUCGUAGUGCUUGCCAGUAUCAUUGUUUACCGAAACCGCCUAAAGGGACAGAUACACAAAAUGUAUGUCAUAUGAACCCGAUUGUAACUGUUCCAUAUGGUUGUAAUGCAAUGGUUACUAGAUGGUAUUUUGAACCAAGAGAAACGCAGUGCAGAAGUUAUAUAACUUGUCCUCAAUAUGGAAAUAAUUUCCCUAGUCAUAAAGCUUGUCAAGAUGUUUGUACACCAGGACAUCCGAUAGAUGUUUGUCGUCUUCCACACGAUCAUGGUGGUUGUUCAAACUUUGAAAAACGAUGGUAUUAUGACAUGGAUAAACGUAUGUGCAUGCCAUUUACAUAUGGUGGAUGUUUUGGUAAUUCAAAUCGCUUUCUAACUAAAGCUGAAUGUGAAGGAUUUUGUAUGGGAAAAGAUAUUUGUAGACUACCCUUACAGAAAAAUUCCACUGAUCCAAGUUAUCCAGAAAGAUUUUAUUAUGAUCAGUCGAAGAAACAAUGUCUCCCAUUCCGUUUCACUGGUUUACUAGCGCAUGGAAAUAAUUUCCCAUCCUUAUCUAUAUGUAAUGCCACGUGUAUUUAUGUACCUGACAUAGAAGUGAUUGCAGAAAGAAAUGUGGCCAAUUAUAACUUGACUGUUGACAAAGCAAUAGACAAAACCAGUAAAACACUUGGCAAAGAAUCUCAACUGAAAGAUUCAAUAGUGAUUGAGAAGCCGACAGAAAAUGAUGAUGUGAAUAAUGUUCACAUAAAAACUUCAGACACUGAUAAUGACUCUACAAAAUUUCCAUGUCUACCAUUUCUAACGGAUAGUCAAUAUGACGAGAUGACUAAACAGACAUAUUGUAAUCCUGAAGAUAUAAUUCAUGAAUUAGGUUAUAGAUUUCAAGUAACAACUAGUAUACGUGAUACAAAUGAAAUAAUUGAUGGUAUUUGUGUACCAGUGCUAGUGCCUAUUUGUUUAAAUGAACCAAAAAGUGUUUAUGGACAAUUUAAUGUUUUUGAAAGUCAAAUGAUUGGACGUGUUUUUAAAACAGAAGCACAAUGUGAAGCAACUUGUCUACUUAGGAGUAGAUUUAAAAGAAGUAUUCAAGAGAUAGAAUCGCAGAAUUUACCCAGAAAUGUACAUCAACUAAUCGCGGAUAUUUUGAAAAAGAAGAACAUGUUAACUGGCCUUUUUAACGACACGACUGAUUCAUCGUUGGAAUACGAAUCAAAGAUUCUCGAACAUCACGACGGGAUAUUUCAAGCUUUCCCAGUUUCACUGAACCAGUCAGAUAUGAUGAAAAAGCCUUUAUUGAUAGAAAAAAUGGAAAAUGAACAAGUUGAACUGCCCUGCCGGAUUUUAUCUCUCACCAAACCAACAGUUCAAUGGACCCACCUAUUAUCAAGGAAAAGGUAUUCAGUUGAAGUUCACCAGCAUCCAUCACAUGCAAAUAUUUGGAUUUCUGAUCUAUCGCUUACAGCCGUUAAAGCAAAUUUGCAUACAGGAGGUUGGAUUUGUGAAUCAUUUCAUCCAGAAACUAAAGAAUACACGAAAUCUCAACUUAUUCUACAUGUAAUUUCUACUCAGAAAGGUGAAAACUUGAUAUCAACUGCUAUGCCUCAAACGACAUUGAAUAUUCCAGAAAAUGGUUUGGUUCUGCUUCGUUGUCCAUCAGCACCGUAUUCGAAUCAUGUCAUGUGGAAAAAAGCCGACAUUUCAAACAGUAGUCAUCAAGUCAACAAAUAUAUCACUCAAGCCAGCUCUGAAUAUCUAAUAAUUGAAAAAGCAAAUAGUAAACUGCAUUCAGGACUAUGGAUCUGUGGAAUUGAAAAUAAUGAUAAAUUUAUUGAACUAUACGAAUUCAAUCUGAUUAUUGGUUAUCCCCCAGAACUACCAAAAGGAGAACUUAAUUCGCCUGACUCAUCUUCACAGCAUUCACUAACUUGUUCACCAAUCAGUGAAGGCUUACCUAAAGGAUCUGUUGAAUGGUUUCAAUGUGAGCAUAUGAACGAAUGUAAUCCUAUUGAAAGUCAGACAAUCAAACUGGACUCUUCUAUGUCACUGAAUGGAUCAACAUUUUUCAUGUGUCGUAUCGAAAAUAUGUGGGGGAGAGAUGAAAGUUACUUCAGAUUUACCGUGUGAAUAUAAUAUACAUAUAUUAUUUGUAGUAUAUAUACUAAACUUUAUGUCCAGU